AUGACAAAGCAACGCCAUCGGUGCCUUACACAGUUUUUCCUGCUGUUGUUGUUGUGCAUAUGCCCUCUGAUAAUAGCUCAACAAGAUUUCUAUCAACAAAACCAAUACUCAACACCAUCUUCAUCGUCAUCAUCGAACUAUGAUGUCUACAACAACAAUAAUAAUCCAUAUUUAAACAACAACAAUGAUCCCUUUAAUCAAAAUAUAAAUGAUCGAACACGUUAUCGUACCGAUAAUAAUAAUCUGAAUGAUUUGGAUCAGCAGGAUUAUGGUGGUAAACGCACGUCAUAUGGUGAUGAUGAACCCUCAUUGAAUCGUGGCAAAACGUCAUACAAUGUUAAGACCUCAUUUCUGGAGGCAUAUCAUGCCAAAGAACCCACCUAUUUUAUUGUUGCAUCACGUAUGGUACGUCCUGGCCUCAUAUAUCAGGUAUCCGUAAAUAUACUGCAGGCUCAGUAUCCAACAACGGUACAUGCUAGUAUCUCAUGUGAUGGGGUACAGAUUAGUGGCGAAUCGAAAGAAGUUAAGGAGGGUGUACCGGAAACGUUGUUAAUGCGUGUCCCACCCACAAGUGUUAGCGGCGAAUAUAAGCUGCGUGUAGAGGGAUUUUACAACAACGUAUUUGGUGGUUUGGCAUUUAUCAAUGAGACCCGUUUGACAUUUUCACAACGGUCAAUGACCAUAUUCAUUCAAACGGACAAACCACUGUAUAUGCAAGGUGAAACGGUACGUUUUCGCAGUAUACCAAUUACAACGGAAUUGAAAGGUUUCGACAAUGCCAUUGAUGUUUAUAUGUUGGAUCCAAAUCGUCACAUUGUACGACGUUGGUUGUCAAGGCAAUCAAAUUUGGGUUCCGUCUCAUUGGAAUAUAAACUAUCCGAUCAGCCAACAUAUGGCGAAUGGACAAUACGUGUUAUCGCCCAAGGGCAAACUGAAGAAAGUCACUUCACCGUCGAGGAAUACUAUCAAACACGUUUCGAAGUUAAUGUAACAAUGCCGGCGUACUUUUUCAAUACCGAUCCGUAUAUUUAUGGUACUGUCAUGGCCAACUUUACAAGUGGUGCACCGGUCAAGGGUAAUCUAACGAUAAAGGCCUCAAUACGACCCAUCGGUUAUUUCAGCAAUCAGGCACUGAAUGAAAAAUUCCGUUUGGGUAGAUCACCGCUGGAGAUGUCCACCACCCUGGAACAUGAACACCAGUUGCGUUACAAUCAAAAUUACAAUCCAACACAAUACAAUCCGAAUAUCAUCAAUACCGAUUAUCCAACACAAUUGCCACAAGAUCAACAAUUCAAUUUCAAUCAAUAUGUCAUCGAACGCAAUUAUCAAUUCGAUGAGGAGUGGCCGUUUUGGGUACAGAAACCAGAUGUACCGGAAACAUUUGAUCCGUGGACUGGUGAAUAUAAGAAAACGCUGCCCUAUUUGCGUUAUUUCAACGGCACCUUUAAUUUCAAAUGGCCAAUGCGUGAAUUGGAGGGCUUGGUGCCGAAUUUGGCCAAUAUGGAAGUGCUGAUUACGGCCACGGUGGGAGAGAAGUUCUAUGAUGAAAUUAUAUCCGGUUAUUCGAUUGCCCGGGUAUACAAUUCAAGUAUCCGUGCCAAAUUCCUUGGCGAUACACCGCAGGUGUUUAAACCUGCCAUGCCAUUUACCGCUUAUGUGGCUGUGGAAUAUCAUGACGGAUCUCCCAUCGACGAGAAUAUAUUGCGCCAAGGUUUUAUGGAGGUGAAUGGUUUUGUGGAGAGUAAAUCGGGUGGACGACGGGAUUGGCCAGCUCAACGUUUGAAAAUGAUGACGCAGUCACCUGGUGUGUGGGAAGUUAAAGUCGAUUUGCGCCAUGACCUGCAGUUGGACGAACGUGCCCAGUCUAGAGAUUUCCUUAAUGGCGUUUCACAGAUGCGUUUGCAGGCACAAUUUGUAGAUCCCCGAGGCGAGAGGGCACAAACUGAAUUGUUAUUGGUGGCCCAUUAUUCACCGCGUAACCAACACAUUAAAGUAACCACCAGUACUGAGUCACCUGUUGUUGGCGAGUAUAUUAUCUUCCAUGUUCGUACCAACUUCUUUUUGGAAGAUUUCCAUUAUCUGAUCAUGUCCAAGGGUGUUAUUCUAAUGAAUGACCAUGAGUCGAUAAGGGAGGGUAUCAAGACAAUUGCAGUGGUCCUUAGUGCGGAGAUGGCGCCGGUGGCAACCAUUGUUGUUUGGAAAAUUACACAGCAAGGGCAAAUUGUUGCCGACUCCUUGACCUUCCCUGUCAAUGGCAUAUCAAGGAAUAAUUUCACAGUGUAUAUUAAUAAUCGCAAGGCCAGAACCGGCGAGAAAGUGGAGGUGGCAAUUUUCGGUGAACCAGGUUCUUAUGUGGGUUUGUCGGGUAUUGACUCAGCUUUCUAUACCAUGCAGGCUGGAAAUGAGUUGACCUAUGCCAAGGUCAUUACCAAAAUGUCGACGUUUGAUGAGCAGACUAAUGGAACCUAUAAACAAAUAUGGCACUCCCAUGCCGGUAAUCCCGACGAAUUAGUCUAUUAUCCUGCCUCGUCAUUUGGCAUCGAUGCCAAUCGGACGUUUGAGUAUUCCGGUUUGGUUGUCUUCACCGAUGGUUAUGUGCCGAGGCGAUAUGACAAUUGUAAUGCCUCUUUGGGUUAUGGUGAAUGUUUAUCGGGACGUUGUUAUCGCUUGGAAAAGAAAUGCGAUGGCUUGUUCGAUUGUGACGAUGGCACAGAUGAAAUUGGUUGUCGCGUACGCAACGAUACGGAUUUGGAAAAUUAUCGCAAAUAUCGUUUCAAUCGUGUACUGAGGCACUAUGAAAAUGUGUGGCUUUGGCGUGAUGUUAAUAUUGGUCCUCACGGACGUUAUAUCUUCAAUAUUGAGGUGCCGGAUAGACCUGCCUACUGGAUGGUUAGUGCGUUCAGUGUAAGUCCCUCCAAAGGAUUUGGUAUAUCUAAACAGCCGAUUGAAUAUGUGGGUGUACAGCCGUUCUUCAUAAAUGUUGAAAUGCCAACCGAUUGCCGUCAGGGCGAACAGAUCGGUAUACGUGUCACAGUAUUCAAUUAUAUGACGACGCCCAUCGAAGCCAUUGUCGUACUGCACGGCAGUCCUGAUUAUAAAUUUGUUCACGUUGAAGAGAAUGGUAUUGUGAGGUCGUAUAAUCCACGAACAUCCUUUGGCGAGCAUCAAUUCUUCAUCUACUUGGAAGCUCAGGGAACAUCAAUUGUUUACGUGCCGAUUGUACCACAACGUUUGGGUGACAUUGAUGUCACGCUACAUGUGGCCACGUUGUUGGGUACCGAUGAAAUAACACGACGUCUGCACGUUGAAGCUGAUGGUUUGCCACAAUAUCGCCAUCAAUCCAUACUGCUGGAUCUGUCGAAUCGUGCCUAUGUCUUUGAAUAUAUGCAUGUGAAUGUGACACAAACGCCGGAGAUACCCUACCAGGCAGAUCGUUACUUUGUCUACGGUUCGAAUAAGGCACGCAUCUCAAUUGUGGGUGACGUUGUGGGACCGAUUUUCCCCACAAUGCCCGUGAAUGCCACCUCCCUAUUGUAUCUGCCCAUGGAAUCCGCCGAACAAAAUGCCUUCUCAUUUGCUGCCAACAUGUACACUCUGCUGUAUAUGCGUCUAAUCAAUCAAAGGAAUAAAACUCUGGAGAAAAAUGCCUUCUAUCACAUGAACAUCGGGUAUCAACGCCAGCUAAGCUACAUGAAACCGGAUGGCUCGUUUUCACUGUUCCGUUCGGAUUGGAAUAACUCAGCAUCCUCUGUGUGGUUGACAGCCUAUUGUGUGCGUAUUUUCCAAGAGGCCUCUUUCUAUGAAUGGGAAAACUUUAUCUACAUCGAUUCGACGAUAAUUGAAAAGAAUAUCAGAUGGCUUUUGCAACAUCAAACACCUGAGGGAGGUUUCUAUGAAACCACCUGGUUGCCAGAUCGCAAAAUGAAUCGUACUAAUUUUGCAAACAACACAGCGCUGCAGAAUCGUAAUAUCACCCUGACGUCGCAUGUUCUCAUAACUCUGGCCACCGUCAAAGAUUUGUCGGGAUCAUUGGGAGCUCGUGUGGCAUUAGCCCAACAAAGAGCGAUAUCGUGGAUUGAACGUAACAUGCAAUUCCUGCAGGAUACACCCGAGCCCUAUGAUGUUGCCAUUGCCGCUUAUGCAUUGCUGUUGAAUAAAUCGCCAAUGGCAGAACAUGUUUUCGGCAUACUACAAAGGCAUGCACGCAUUGUGGGUGAUUUCAUGUAUUGGGGUAACAGCGAGCUGCCGCCACCACCUAAAAAAUUGGAAAAUCAAAAAUGGUUCUCGUUGCCACGUCUGCCCUAUGAAUAUGAUUCGCUUAAUAUCGAAACAACAGCCUAUGCUCUACUGGUUUAUGUAUCGCGACGUGAGUUCAUUAUUGAUCCGAUCGCUCGUUGGUUGAACGCUCAGCGUUUGAAUGAUGGUGGUUGGGCCUCAACACAGGAUACAAGUGCGGCAUUGCGUGCGUUAGUCGAAUACACGGUGCAUUCACGUAUUCGUGAGGUAUCCUCGUUGACGGUGGAAAUUGAAGCCUCCUCACAGGGUGGAAAGACCCAAACGUUACACAUUGACGACAAAAAUUUGGCACAAUUACAAUCGAUUGAGAUUCCAAAUGCCUGGGGUACUGUGAAAGUUCAAGCCAAGGGUGCCGGUUUUGCCAUUCUGCAAAUGCAUGUCCAGUACAAUGUUGAUAUUGAGAAAUUCCAAACGAAACCACCAGUUCCGGCAUUUGGUUUAAAGGUCAAACCCAUAUUCCAUGGUAGAAAUCAGUCUCACAUUUCCUAUUUGGCAUGUCAAAAUUGGAUUAAUCGUCAAGAAUCUGAACGUUCAGGUAUGGCUGUUUUAGAUGUUACAAUACCGACUGGCUAUUGGAUACAACAACAAAAACUUGAUUCAUAUGUCCUCAGCAAUCGUGUACGCAAUUUACGCCGAGCUAAAUAUCAAAAUUCGAAAGUUAUAUUCUAUUUCGAUUAUCUCGAUCAAGAAGAUGUAUGCGUUAAUUUCACAAUUGAACGUUGGUAUCCCGUUGCCAAUAUGUCUAGAUAUUUACCAAUACGUGUCUAUGAUUACUAUGCUCCGGAACGUUUUAAUGAAACAAUAUUCGAUGCCCUGCCAACGUAUCUUUUGAAUAUCUGUGAAGUAUGUGGUAGUUCACAGUGUCCAUAUUGUUCUAUAUAUAAUAUGGGAUGGCGAGCCUCAAUGUCUGUAUCACUGAUUGUGUUUAGCGUUUUUGUCUACUUAAUGCGCAGCCGUACCCAUGUUCUGCUCAAUGUAAUACACCUAAUGGGCGUUUAGUCGACCUCUUUAAAUAGCCAGUCCAAAAUACCACAAAAAACAAUUUCCCAAGAAGUAGUAAAUCAAGUGUAUUAUUAGUGUUUUUUAUUUUAUUUUUAUUAUUAACUUAUAAGAAACAAAGAA